AUGAGAGGGGGAAAAGUGAACACCUUUCUCCUCCUCCUCUUCCUCCUCCUCCUCGUCCUCUUCCACCUCGGGGUUCCUUUCCCUCAAGCCCCGCCUUGGGCCGCCGGUAGCACACCUGGACGACGGAGCGCGGCGGCAGCACGUAAAGGUGAUUCGGACCUCGGUGUCGUCAACGGCGUGUGCAGAAGACGCAGACUAAAUUGGCGGAGGUGGUGGUGCUGGUGGAGGCUCUGAAAAAUUUUCUCGCUGUAUGAGAAAAAUAAGCAGCAUGGGUGAGGCACCAGUGAGAGAAGAUGGUACAGUGACACGAUCGGCAGAGUAUGUGGGCUCAUUUCCUGUGGAUGACUGCUGUUUGGAUGACCAGAUAGAGCAUCUGCACACUCAGCUGAAGUUCCUUAAAACAUGCAGGAGAAUGCGGCCUGUAUCCAUAAAAUUCUCCAUCAAAGGUGUGAAAAUGUACAACGAGGAUGAAACGACCCUCCUGAUGGCUCAUGCCCUGCGCAGAGUCUCUCUGUCCACCGCACGGCCUGUCGAUGCCCAGUUUGCCUUCGUCUCCCACAACCCGGGCAGCACAGAUGCCCAGCUGUACUGCCAUGUCUUUCAAGCUAGGCAUGCCAGAGCGGCCCAGUUCCUGAACCUGCUGCUGUGCCGCUGUUUCCAGCUGUCUUACUUGGAGAAGCACCCAGAGGAGGCUCAGGAAAACUCUGCCGGCUCGAUGCCUCGUCGUACCCCUUCACUGCUCAACCACGGUUUCCCUCUCAGUGUCAGUGCCUUGGUGUCCUUCAGGAGAGCACCUUUUCAAGGGCUGUUGCCAGGCACAAAGAAAAAUAAGAAGUCUUCCGACGACCCGCACAGCAGCCAAGAUGAAGUCUUCCCCACCUCCUCUCCCUCCCUGGUUCGCAAAAAAGCCAUCCGCACCAAAGCACUGCGCUCCGGGGCUUACCGCUCCUUCACAUUUACACCACUCAAACAGCGCAGUGUUCAGGAGCGACUGAAUGCGUCACAAGAAAAGGUGGAAGACCGGACAGCGGUGCAAAGGUCCCGUGCGCCCAGCCUGGCCGAAACAGAAGAAGCACUGGCUCAAGCGGUGUGGUGUUGGGCUGGUAUCGCAGUUGACAGCAGCUAUUCCCUGCUGGCAGAUGAUGUUAUGGGUUCGUACCUCCUGUGCUCUCAUCCUAAAAAACCCAAAUGUGGCUCUCUCAUCAUUCGCUUCCCCUCUGGCCUGGUGACCCACCUUAUAGAAAACACUCGUAAAGGGAAAUUCCUGUUGGAGAAAUGCAAGACUGAGUUCACUUCCAUAGCAGAGCUGAUCGAAUACUACACAGAGACCCAAGAUGAGCUGCAAUGCCUGCUGAGCUGUGCCCGAGUAAACCACUGUUACGAGUGGGAGGAAAACACCAGCAAACAGCAGUCUGUAAAGCUACACAAGAGCCUGAACAAAGCCAAGUUGAAAAGUACCCAGAGAAAGGGAUGGGUUUAAACCCCUGGACACUGGAACACGUGGAAUGCCAACCACCAAAGAUCCAAAAUAAGUGACACCUGUUUUUUUUCUUUUGCACAUAUAUCAUCUCUUACUUUAAAAAUCACAUUUGGUGUUGUGUGGAGGCUUCACAAACUGUAAAACAUAAUGCACUUAUUAACAGUGUUGGCACUUAAUGUAUAUAGUGUACAAGUCAUUUUCUUAGAGGGUACUUAUUUGUCAAGGAUGUAAUAUUUUAUGCUUUCAGCUUUUAUGUCUUUCAGUAUAUUUUUUAAAAAGAUUUUUAUAUGUGCCGAUACGGCAUCAGAGGAGUUUAUUAGUGUUUUUAUGUAUGAAAUUAAUAACCUCAAAUUUGGAGUGGAGUUGAUCACUCAGAUUGUUGCACAUGAUGGCACUUAAAACUAUAAGUCUUUCUUUUUUCUUUUUUCUUGCAUUGUAAAGAUGUGAUCAAAUUUUAUGGUUUCAUUGAACUUUAAUCUUAUUCUUUCUGUGUUUAGACAUAAGACCUGGGAGAUAUGUAAGAAGCAAUAUUAUACACAAUGAGUGUCCUGGUGUAAGAAAACCGGAUGGUAACAUCAGUUAUUUUCUACAUCUUGAGACCUCAGAUUAUAUUGGCUUAUUUCAUGGCCACUAAGAGGGGGACAAAAGGUAGGCUGUGUUGAAAUUUUCUGUGUUUUAAUGUUUGUUAGUAGUCAGUCUAACCCAUGGUUAUGUUUGUUUUGCUGGUAAUGUUGUGUGCAGUUUAGUAUACCUUGUGCAUUGAUGGUGGAUCAGUGCUCAUGUUUUUCAGUGGAACAUAGCCAUAAUAGAAACUGAUAAAUCAUGAUAUGAGAUUAGGUCUGCCCCAGGAUGUUGGUUAUCAUAUGAUUAUCUGUGAUAUUGUUACUUCUCCAGGGGGCCACACAACAAUUAAGUUUACACAUUUAUAGUGAAUAAUAUGUACCGUCUUUUCCACAUUAGAACAAGAAACGGUUUUCUUAUUAUAAACUCUUGUUUUAGAUUAAAUGGCAGGUGUCUUCUCUUUUCA